AUGGAUGAAUAUAAGGCCGUUGCAGCAAUACUAAAGGCGUUUUACGAUUUUGGCGACUGGGAAAGACAUGAAAUUAUUCAACCACGUACACUAAAAUGGAAAUCAUUAAGUAAAGACGAGCAAGAACUCCUUGCCUGGUUCCCUGAUCAUUUAACGAGUUUGAGUCAAUGCAUUGCCAGCAAUGAAUUGUUUAUGAGGGAACUCGCAUCUAAAGUGGCUGCUGAUUGGGGAAAUUCUGAGGAUAGUUCGAAAUGGGGUAACUCGGUUGGGUCAGACCUGGAUAAGGUUAGAUCGACCAUGCUACAAUUUACCAGAGAGUGGAGUGAACUGGGAGCCAAAGAAAGAGAGAUCUGCUACGGGCGAAUAACACAGGAACUAGAGUCAAUGUACCCAGAAGUGGAAGAACGACAGCGUGUCAAAAUUCUAGUGCCCGGUUGUGGGCUUGGCAGAUUGGUAGUGGAGCUUGUCAAACGUGGAUUCCAAACUCAAGGCAACGAAUUUUCAUAUCAUAUGCUACUUGCGUCCAACUUUAUCCUUAAUCACACGUUUGUGGCAAACAAUUAUCAAAUAUUCCCCUUCAUUCAUAGGUUCUCUCACAAUAAGAAACGAAACUUGCAAUUGGCUCCUGUCUUUAUUCCAGAUUACAAUCCAGGUGAUAUAUCAUUCUUGCAGCGAGACUAUCCUGACAUUCCUGUGGCUGAUCUUAUGUCAAUGACUGCGGGAUCUUUUGUGGAUUUGUAUGGCCCUCCGAAUUUAGUUCACUCAGAUAUUUAUACUGCUGAUGACGAAGCAUCUCAGUUUAGGGCUCUGAAUAAAGGGACCUGGGAUGUUGUGGUAACCACGUUUUUUUUGGACACUGCAUCCAAUGUUAUUGAAUACUUGAAGAGUAUCCACCACUGCUUAAAGCCCCAUGGUUACUGGAUUAACUUUGGACCUUUAUUGUGGCACUAUGAAAAUGAUGAAAAUGUCAGGACUAGGGUGCGCACAGAAAACGGAAUGCAAGUUGAAAGUGUAGAACCGUUGAAAGGACUAGAAUUGACUAGGGAUGAUUUGAUCCAACUUAUCACAGACAUUGGUUUUAUUUUUCUCAAACAUGAAUCCGAAAUAUCCUCCCGGUAUUGCGGCGAUGAGCGAGAGUUAGGAGGAUGGGAGUACAAGUGUGAAUACUGGCUUUGUCAGAAAGCGUAA